AUGACAACUCCCCACCUCGACGCCCUCCGCCGCGACGGCUUCGUAGUAGUCCGCAACCUCCUCACCCCAACAGAAGUAACACACUACCGCGAAAUCGCCACAAAAGCAACAACGCUCACAAGAACCGGAAGCUGGCCACACUUCCGCACGGUGCCCAAACAAUUCCCCCCAUGGCCGACAACCCCACCACCAGCCUCAGAGGGCGGAAUCUGGGGCGUACAGCACCUCCUGCAUCCCGAGAUGCCGGGUCGGGACAGUUUCGCACGGUGUUACUUCUCACCCUCGAUCCUGGCAGUUGCGGAGGAAUUGAUGGGUGUGGACAGUACAACUUCUGCUUCCGUUGAACCACUUGUGAUGGAAUUAUUCAACCUCCUCGUCGCGCCCGAAACGAAAGAUUUCGAGCUGCGCUGGCACCGCGAUGAUAUCUCUGAGCAUGCAACGGCCGACGAGGAAAUCGCUCAAUUGGCUGCUAAAGCGCCCAAUGGGCGGCAGGGUCAUUGCCAGUAUAAUCUGGCGCUUUGUCCGGAUUCGUCGUUGAUUGUUGUUCCGGGAACGCAUGGGCGGGCGCGGACGCAGACGGAGCGCGAGGCAGAUCCUUAUGCUGCUUCUUUGCCGGAUCAGCUUGUUGUUGAGCUUCAGCCUGGGGAUGCAGUGUUUUAUAAUAGUAAUAUUUUGCACCGCGGGGUUUAUCGGGGGAAGGAGGAGGGGGUGUGGAGACUAGGUUGA